AUUCAGUGCGCCCUAUAUUUGUUUUUAGAAGUGCAUAAAUAUCCAUGAACUCAUAACGAGAGCAACGAAUUAGAUAACAUUCGUGUUAAAUUUGAGGAUAUUCAGGCCGAAUAAAAAUGACUAACGAAAAGCAAGACAUAUUGGUGGACAUUUCCGAUGAUGAUCUGCCAAAACUUUUGGAAAUGUAUGAUAAACAUAAAGAUUGGGCACCAACCGCGUACAGUACAAUAUUAACAGGCAUUGAAUGGAAAAGGAAGAGUAAAGAAAAGUACACGACAUUUAUGUCACCUCAUAGCUGCUGGCGAGAAGAUGGCACAUUUUUUGUUCUAGUUACGUGCCAUUGCUUCGAUAUAUUCAUUUUUUCCUUAGACGACACUGGCAAAAAUAUUUACGAAGGUAUCCUGAAGACUAGAAGAUUUAAUCCUGGAGAAUUCAAAGACAGGGAUUCUUGGUUUUAUAUGGUACAUAAUAAGUUUUAUCCGAUUGUUUCAAAGGCUAUUAAAGACAAAGGAUGGACUUCAACCGCAGAUAUUCAUUAUGAUAUGUACAGUAUUCCUAGGGAACAGGCUUUGAAGUUUGAUACAGAAUGUCCACCUGAUGUAUACAUAAAACCACUAGAUAAAUCAGCUGCACAUCAAAUCAGUUCAGUAUGGCCACACAAUUAUAACAACUCCCAUAAAUACGUCGCACUUUUAAUAGAGAUGAAUGGUGGAUUUGGAGUGUAUUUAAAAUCUACCGAUGAAUUGGCGGCAUGGGUGCUUUUGUCCGCGAUGGGUCAACUGACUAUAUUACAAACCGCGGAAGGCCAUCAAAAGAAAGGCUACGCAAGUCUGAUAACUAAGUACAUAUCGAGAAAGUUGGCAAAAAAGGGCUAUAAUGCUUCUGGGGGAAUAAUACAUGGAAAUUAUUCUUCUAAGGCCAUGUUCGAAAAAAUUGGAUUCAGAAAUUUAGGAAUGGGCACAUAUAUCGUAUUUGCAAAAGCUACAGAUCGAAACAUAAUGGACCCUUAACAGUGGAGCCAGUGGAG